UUGCGCGGUUUACUGACAUUUUGGUUCUAUCAAUUACUGUUGUUUACAACUCGGUCCGGUUAUAUAGUCGAAUAGUGGCUAACUUUAAACUCCAUGUUAAAUGUGAACACCUCCAUGUGAAACCGAAAUAUGAAAAUCGCUCAUGCAGUUAGAAUAAAGCAGCGCAUUUUUCGAUUUCAAUCCUCGUAAAUGAUAUGUUGAUAAACAAAUGACGCCAUAUUGAUUUUGAUUUUGGACAUUGGUGGACUAUUAAAUACAACAAAGUAAAACCAUUCAAAUGUUGUCUCACAAAUUUCCCCAGUUCUUCAGAUUCGCCCGAGCUACAUAUGUUCGAUUAUGCCACAGCACCACUCAGCACAGUAAUGUUGACCCGCGAGAGAUUGAUAACCUGGGGAAACUUUCCGAAGAAUGGUGGGAUCCGACUGGACCGCUGAAAGGACUCCAUUCGAUGAAUGCCAUCCGAGUUCCGCUUAUUCGUGAUGGACUUAUUUCUACAGGUUUAGUACAGAAAGACCAAAUCAACACAGCAAGCGUGUUGAAGGGAUUAAAUAUUCUUGAAGUGGGUUGUGGAGGAGGACUAUUAACGGAAGCUCUGGCUCAAAUUCGUGCGGAUGUUGUUGGUAUCGACCCGGGGGAGAAACUGGUUCAAGUCGCUGAAAGUCAUGCUCGAAUGAAUGAAAGAAUCGCUGGACAAAUUACCUAUUCGGUAGAAACGAUAGAGGAACAUGCUAAAAAUAACGCGGAAAAGUACGAUGCAGUGGUAGCUUCAGAGGUGCUGGAACACGUGAAUGACAAAGUGUCUUUCCUAGAGCAUUGCAUAAUGGCACUCAAGCCUGGCGGAUCAAUUUUCAUUACCACCCUCAACAAAACAACAGCUUCGUGGUUGGGCGGAAUUAUUGCUGCAGAAUAUGUGCUGAAACUUGUUCCCGAGAACACGCAUGAUUGGGAUAAAUUUAUUCCACCGUUGGAUUGUCAGCGUAUUUUGAAAACGUUCAAUUGCAAUACAAUACUAGUGCAUGGAAUGGCAUACGAAUUCUGGCAGAACAACUGGAGCUGGUGCAAAUGGACGGAUAUUAACUACGCUAUACAAGCCGUAAAACUAACCGAAAAUACUUAAUUAGAAUUAUUUGUCUAAAUAGUUUGGACAUUAAAGAUUCAAAUAUGCCUUAACUACUAUCUACAAUUAUACGAGCUUACA